AUGGCUACAUGGCACUCUCUGCAGGAACUGGCGCUCAAGACCAAGGUUAAAUGUAGGUUCGAUUGUCUCACAAGAAAGGCAGGCCACCGCGCCGCGCAGAUUCGUUUGUUGCGUACUUUACCAAGUCCACCCAGAUUCUGACGAAUGGUGCCUGAGUCUCGGCGAUGAUGCUCUAUUCAUCUUCAACAAUUUCCAUUCUGGAGCCGUCGUGACUGCUGCGCCUGCCUGUUUUACGAGCGUUGCAGCAAUAGUAUUCCAAUCAAUGGUAUAUCCAAUGGCACUGCGCCGCGCCGGUGAGGGUAAACAGUGUCAUCGAGUGGAGCAAUGA